AUGGAAAAGUUGAUUAACUUACAAUUACUAGAAAAAUUAUAUAACAAAAAUUGUACAUCCAAUAAGGGUUUCAAAUAUGCAUAUGGUACCGCCGGCUUUAGAUACAAUGCUGAUGUUUUAAACACCGUUAUGUUUACCACGGGUAUAUUGUCUGUUCUAAGAUCCAUUUAUCUACAAAAUAAAACAAUAGGUAUUAUGAUUACUGCUUCGCAUAAUCCACCACAAGACAAUGGUGUUAAAAUUGUUGAACCAAUGGGGGAGAUGUUGGAUCAAUCUUGGGAAUCAAUAGCUACUGAUCUGGCCAACUCUGCUUCAAACAGUUAUAAUGACUUCAUUACCUAUUUAAACCAUCUAAUUAAAGAUAAGGGUAUUGACCUUAUUGAUACCUCUAAUGGUAUUGGAUCCGUUAUUGUUGGCAGGGAUUCUAGAGAAAGUGGGCCAAGAUUAUUGGAGACAGUUUUAGAUGCCGUCUAUUGUUUUCAACAUGAUAGUACUGAAAGGGUUUCCAAAAUUUUAGAUGCUGGCAUUUUAACCACUCCACAGUUACAUUAUUUAGUUUAUAAAACUAAUGUUGCAAAAACACUAGAAAAAAAUGAAAUUGGUAUUGGCUGUUAUUUUGAUGAUUUUACGAGAGCUUGGCUUGAUUUGUGUGAAUUAUACGGUUUCAGCACCGAACACUUGAAAUUUGCAUUGACCAUUGAUGCAGCUAACGGUGUUGGCGGUUUUCAAAUGGAAAAAAUGAUUUCAUUACUAUUCACCUCGUGUAAAACUACUGUAGAUGGUGGAAAUAGUACUAAUAUCUCAAUUGUUAACAAUGAUUGGCAAAAACCUAAUUUGUUAAAUAAUAAAUGUGGUGCUGAUUAUGUGAAAACGAACCAAUGCUUGCCAAAUGGUGUCGUUUCUAAUAGCAAAUUCAGCACAGGAGGAGAAAACACACAAAAAUUAAACUGUUCCUUUGAUGGUGAUGCUGAUAGAGUAAUAUUUUACUAUCAAGACAAUGAGAAUAAAAGUAGCUUUCAUUUAUUGGAUGGAGACAGAAUCUCCACUUUAUUUGCCAAGUUUUUUCAGCACUUAUUAAAGGAAUCAGGUUUGUUGGAUGCUUCUGAUAAUGAUAUUAAAGUAGGUGUUGUUCAAACUGCUUAUGCUAAUGGUAACUCUACUAAAUAUAUUACCGAAGUAUUGAAAAUGGAUGUUUCUUGUACACCAACAGGCGUAAAACACUUGCACCAUGAAGCUGUUGAAAAAUAUGAUAUUGGUAUUUAUUUUGAGGCCAAUGGUCACGGUACAAUAGUGUUUUCCGAGAAAAUUAAAUCACUAGUGAAUAAUAGCAUGUCUAAUGGUAACAAAGCUUUGAAAACUAUUGAAAUUUUUACUAGGCUAAUUAAUAGAACUGUAGGGGAUGCUAUCUCCGAUAUGCUAGGUGUUUUGGCAGUAUUGUGUAUAUUAAACUUGACUCCUCAAGAUUGGUAUAAUGAAUAUUCAGAUUUACCAAAUAAAUUGAUUAAAGUUGUUGUUCCUGAUAGAACUGUAUUUAAAACCACUAAUGCCGAAAGACAAUUAGUUUCCCCGGCCGGUUUACAAGGUAAAAUUGACGAAUUAGUUAGUUCUUAUGGUGCUGAUAGCAGAUCUUUUGUUAGAGCUAGUGGGACUGAAGAUGCUGUUAGAGUCUACGCUGAAUCUAGCACCAAAGAAAUGGCUGAAAGUUUAGCCGAGAAAGUAGGUCAACUAGUAAGCAAUUGUUGUGGUGAAUAG